AUGUUUGUACGCAGGAUUCGAUUAAAAAUCUUUUUCUAUAUUAUUCAACUACUACUAUCAAUUAUCGGUGUGGUUCAAUCACAAAAUGUUUGCUUGGAUAAUUCUGUUUUGAUUUGUUAUUGUGAAGAUGUUAUGGAAUCUGUUUCUUGUACUGGAAAAAAUGAAACAAAUGACAGUUUUGUAGACUGGACAGCAUUCUCGUCAGUUGAUCAUCGUCGAUAUUCUUUUACAUUUUUAAAUUUAACCCGUUUAACCCAGUCCACUUUUACUAAUUUUGCAUCAACAUUCCCUCGAAAUGAUUUAACCAUUGAGUUUAUAUUCAUCAAUGGUUUGGAUGAAAUAGGUGAAAAUUCAUUCGAAGAACUCAACUAUUAUUCAGUUGAACCGAUUGAUUUGAAAUUUACUUCGCCACGCAAUUUUCAACUUGCUGAUUAUGCAUUUGGUCGCGUAGGCUACUUCGAAAUAAUUAUCGAUAGUGUACAAUACAGUCACAUUUAUAAUCGUCCAUAUAGAUUUAAUUUGAAGUCGAUGGAUGGUAUCAAAUUCUAUCAGAUGAGCAUUAUAAAUUCUGGUGAAAUCUAUUUUGUUUCUAAUGGAUCGAUUAAUAUGGAACUGACUCAACUAACAGUGAGUAAUUGUUCGUUGUCCAAUGCGAGUCUACUUGUGGAAGCUCUUUCAACAUCUGUCGUUGACUUGGAUCUUUCAUCAAAUCGUUUGACUGAAAUACCUUCGAUGAUGAAUUUUCAAGAAAUGAGAGAAAUCAAUUUGCAUAAUAAUCUUAUUGAAGAAAUUACAUCAAAUAUAUUCAAUAAUAUGGUUAACUUAAAUAACUUAGAUUUGUCAAAUAAUCGAAUCAGAAUGAUAGCGGUCGAUUCAUUUAUUGGUUUGACUUCGUUGGUUACUUUAGCUUUAGAGAACAAUUUUCUAACAUCACUUGAAACAUUAACAACUGACAAUCGAACAAUAUCGUUUUUACAUCCAUUAAAUACAACAUUGGCUUUCUUUUCCGCCUCAAACAAUUUUCUAUCAAAUUUGAAUCCAUUAAAACACAUGAUUAAUUUAGAUAAUGUAACAAUAUGUUGUAAUGAAAUCAGAACAUUAGAAGCAAAUACGUUUGGCGAUGCAAGUCAACUUAGAACAGUUGAUUUAAGUUAUAAUAAAAUCGAAUUCAUCGAUUCGAUGACUUUCAAUGGAACGGUUAUCAGUGAAUUGAAUUUGUCUGGAAAUCUAUUUUCAUCUAUUGAAACAAAUUCUCAAGAAAAUCAAAAUCGAACAACAUCGUUUCUAUAUACAAUAUCAUCGACGGUUUUCCAUCUAUCAUUUUCGAACUGUACUAAUUUAAUAGAAGUCAAUUGGUUUGUGAUAUCAAAACUGCAAAUCUUGUCAAAUUUAGACCUUUCUCAAUUGAACAAGGUUGACAAAUUAUGGCUCUAUCGAAAGACAGACAUUAAUAGUGAAGAUUCAGUUAUACAUUGGAGUUUUCCGCCUAAAAUAAGUCUUGAGAACAUCCGGUUCACUGACAAUGAUUAUUGCUUAAGCAAACCAAUUGUUCACAUAUUGAAUAGGACAACUUUAAUUGUUGAUAUUGAUCAUCCAUGUAAUUGCUUCAUAUUCAAAUUUGACGAUAACUUUGAUAAAGAACAACGUCCGAUUUGUCUAUUGAACGAUUCAAUCAUAAGCGAAUUAAAUGAGCAAUGUGCCCAUAUUGAUUUAUUUUGUGAAUUAUUUUCUAACGGCACUGCACCACUCUCAUUCACCGAAUGGACGCCGUUAUCACCGAUGAAUUCGAGUUCAACAGCUCGAAUCAAUUCAACUACAAUAGUGACCACAGCAAUAACUCAAACUUUUUCGACUACUCUUGCGUCGAGUACAUUUACAAUCGAGCAGUCAUCGAUAUCCAAUGUUGCCAUAACAAGCACAGAAGUUCCAUUGAAAAAAUGGAAUAAAAAUCAACAAAGAGAAAUCAUUUUAGCAAUAACAAUUCCUGUUUCAGUCAUUAUUAUUUCAUCUUUCAUCGUUAUUUAUAUUUUUACAAGAGAAACAAUGAAAAAUUCGAACAAAAGCCUCGAAAUGCAACAAACAAUUUCACAUAAAAUUGAUGAAGCAUGA